GACCGUUCCAGUGGAUGUGGCUGGCCCCUUGCUUGCCUACCACGCCUGCACCUUUCUCUGGUUCUUCGACAGCGGAGCAGCCGAUCGACGGUUAAUCUUAACGCCGCGUGGGAUUCUCAAUUUGGCCCCCGCAGGACUCCGCCCAACAGCUGCACCCUGAGUGAGCUCUCUGGUCGUCUUUUUUUUCCCGCGCUCUUUUCUCACCACCGGAUUUUUGGCACGGCGGCGCGCAUUUCCCCCUCCUUCCAGUGGACAGAGACUGCGCCGUUAAUUGAUACGAAGCAUCAUAGCGAUUCUUUUAGGGGUUGCUCUCGCCACGCCGCUUCAUCCACUCAUCCGCCCACGCGCACUGGCCUCGACCCAACACAACCACGUCCAACAAUGGCCGCAAACAAAGAACAACAAUCGUCUGCCAACCAAGCUGUUGACCACAGCUCGACCGGUGACAGCUUUGAUGACACCAAGCGACCUCGUCUCCACGCAAAGACGUUUCUUGCUGUCCUCGCCGUCUGCUUCAUAUACUUUGCCCAGCUGCUGUGCAUCGUCGGCGCUGGUACCCAGGGUCAAACCAUUGCUGGCCACUUUGGCUCCAAAGACGUCGUCUGGUUCUCUGCUCCUAUUACUAUCCUGACUGUUGUCCUUGGCCCCAUUGUGUCCCAGGCUGCCGACUACUGGGGCCGCAAAUGGUUCCUUGUCAUCUUCAGCUUGGCCGGCGUGGUUGGCUCCAUCAUUGUCGCCCGCGCUAGCUCCAUGAGCAUGGCCAUUGCCGGCUUCACUGUUCUCGGUAUCUCGUUUGGCGUCCAGCCUUUGCUUCACACAGUUGCUGCCGAAGUCCUACCUCGUCGCUGGCGACCAUAUGCGCAGGCUGCCACACUCUCUUCCAGCUCCAUGGGCAGCGUCACUGGCCUGUUGGUUGGCGGUGCCCUCAACCGCAACUACGACCCCAACUCUCUUGGCUUUCAAUACUACUUCUAUAUCACAAUGGCAAUCUACUUGGCUGCUACCAUUCUCUGCGUGGCCGUCUACCACCCACCUCCCACGGCCAAGCAGGUCGAGUUUCGCGGCAGGACCAUGGACAAACUUCAUCGCUUGGAUUGGGUUGGCUAUGUCUUGCUGGCCGCCGGUCUUAUCCUCUUCUGUGUUGCCCUUUCAUACUCUGGCAAUCCGUAUACCUGGGCUGAUGCACACGUAUCUGCUACGUUCGCUGUUGGCGUGGCCCUUGCUCUGGCUCUGGUAGCAUACGAGACUUGGUUCAAGAGCGAUGGCAUGUUCCACCACGGGCUUUUCACCGGCAACCGCAACUUUUCUAUUGCUCUCUUCUGUGUUUUCGCUGAAGGCUUGGCCUUUUUCGCCGCCAACAUCUACUUUGCUUUUGAAGUCAGUGUUCUCUACGAGACGGAUGCCCUGCUUGUCAACACACGCUACACCAUCUCUCUUUUCGCCCUCAUCUUCAGCGCCAUUCUUUCGGGCAUAUACUGUUCAGCUACCCGCCGCAUCCGUUGGAUCACGGUUGCUGCUUUCGUCAUUUUCACUGCUUUCUUCGCAGCCAUGGCCAAGGCAGACCGCAGUACCGACCACGCAGUUUGGGGAUAUGGAGUGUUGCUGGGCUUUGGUCUCGGUAUGACUCUGACGGCCCUUGUCACUGUUGCGCAGCUCUCUACACCACCAGAGCUCAUUUCCAUUGCUAGCGGACUUAUCAUUAGCGUGCGAUCGCUCGGAGGCACUAUCGGUAUCGCUAUCUACACAGCACUGUUCAACGACCAGCUCAAUCGCAUUGGUGACAACGUGGCCAAUGCCGUUUUGCCCAAGGGCCUUUCGCCGGAUGCGCUGCCACAGUUUAUCGGUGCUCUCAGCUCGCAUAAUCAGACAGCCUUGAUGGGUGUUCCUGGCGUGACACCCGAGAUUAUUGGCGCAGGUGCCACGGCAUUGGUCGAUACAUUCAUCACAGGCUUCAGUCAUGUUUGGAUUGCUGCUUCUUGUUUCGUUGGCCUCGCUGCUAUUGCUGCAGUCUUCCUCUUUGAUCCUCGCAAGGAAUUCAACAAUCGCAUUGACGCCGCGAUGGAUAAGGAGGAUACAAGUUCGGAGUGAUGAUUUUUGUACAUUUUAAGGCAUUUUGGAUAUUUAUAGUUUAAUGAACAUAGCAUGAUAACCUUUUUAUGUUUGACGUGCG